AUGUCUGCUUCCACCAAUCCUCCUCGAUACCCUCGAUCUCUUCGUGCAUGUGCAUUUAGCACCGAUCUGCCACCCAUACCUGAGGCCACUAAACAGUUCAUCAAGGAUCGCAUAACCAUUGUUGAACGAGCAAUAGGCGACAAGUACCUUGCUAUGCUAGCUUUUCAUGAAGUCUUAGACUUGAUGGAGGCUACCGAGCCUACCGGCGAAUGGUAUGGUUAUUUUGUCUCGGCAAGAAUAGUCCAAAUUUUUGCCGAGAUACAUGCAGAACACGCCAGUCAUUCCUAG